AUGUCAGAGAAGCCUUUCUGUGGCAACACAGAUGGAGCCACUGCACUCUUCCUAGCAGCCCAAGGGGGUUACUUGGAUGUGAUUCGAUUAUUGUUAUCUUCAGGCGCGAAAGUCAACCAGCCGAGGCAGGACGGGACAGCACCGCUGUGGAUCGCCUCGCAGAUGGGCCACAGCGAGGUGGUGCGGGUGAUGUUGCUGCGCGGGGCCGAGCGCGACGCCGCCCGCCACGAUGGUACAACAGCUUUAUUGAAAGCAGCCAACAAAGGGUAUAAUGAUGUUAUAAAGGAGCUGCUGAAAUUCUCACCCACCCUCGGUAUUUUGAAGAAUGGGACUUCGGCGCUCCACGCGGCGGUGCUCAGCGGGAAUAUUAAGACAGUCGCCCUGCUCCUGGAAGCAGGGGCGGACCCAGCCCUGAGAAACAAGGCCAAUGAACUUCCAGCAGAACUAACCAAAAAUGAACACAUACUGCGUCUCCUCCGAAGUAAAGAAGGACACAGGAAGAGCUAACUCAGUCCCAUAUUUGACUGAAAGAUUGAAACCUUAAUCAUAACGUCCAAAAAUAAAUUGCUUUUCAGAUAGUGCUGGAAAUUCCUGUAAGAAAGAAAAUGCCCAGAACGCCCACCCUGGGUCCCUGACCAAGAAGAGCUGUGUUGUGUGUCCCGAGUGGAGAGCAGAGCCGCUCAGGGACCCUCCCAAUGUAGUGGGCUUCUAGCUCUGGCCUCCAGCCCCACUCCAGGGGGCCUGGGACGUUCGUUUGGGGAUUCCACAGAAACUCGUUUGAAACUACAUCAACUUGGGUCUUAAGUUAAACUCUUAAGACAGAGUUAAACCCUCUUAGAAACAGAAACAGGAAGCUGUGUUCCUUUAAAAAGACUGAAAGUCUGACCUUCAAUUAAUUGAUGCUCUUUUGCUUUUGUGUUAAGUAUAUGUGAGCUCAAAAAUAUGGUUCUAUCAUAUUUUACAUGAAUGUGUAUGUCGUUCCAGUAUAAAAUACUCUCAUCCACCCAAGGCUCCUGGCCAUGGUUAUUAUGAAUCAAUAAUGGGUGAAGUUAUAUUAUUAAAAAGCCACUUCUGACCUUCCACCAUGUGCUUUUCAAAGAUGGACUAUGGAAUUAUAAAAAAAGGCAAAUUGUUCAUUUAGUCCUCAUCUUAUUCCUCAUAUGUAAAGGUCAUUUCUACCUGGAGUCAGUGUUGAUAUGGUAGGAUACAAGUGGCAAAUUUGGAAAUUCAGAAAAUCACAAGCCACAAGAAAUGUAGGCUUAUCUCUUUGAGCUGUCACUCUGGGUCUAUUGCUGGGAAUUUACUUCCUGUGCCAUAACUAAGUAGACUUGACAUGCUGUGGAAUCUUGUUUCCAACACCAUGUUGCUUGAUACAAUGACUUUGGAGUCCUUGGAUAUAGUGUGAUGUAUGUAAGUACACUGUAUUAACUGUUACUAUUGAAGGAGUAUAAGUAAUAAAAGACUGUUACUAGUAGUUAAUAAGUGUU